AUGAAGGAGCAGUUCGAGCUUCAGAAGAACAGAAAUGAAGAGUUGGAAGAGCGGCUCCUGCAUAUAGUCGAGAAAGUGGAAACCGAGAAGAAGCAACUAGCUAACGAAAUCGAUACUCUUACGAGGAAACUCGAGCAGCUCACUAGCGGGGGUCCUAGCAAUGGUGAAAGUCAUGGACAAGAUGGAAUUGACGAGCCAGAAGAUCCUUCUAUGAACAGUUCACAGUGCAAUAGCAGCGUACAACUUCCACGUGGAUCUCAGCAAAGGGUGAUUCUAGGAUCAAGGAGCGCGAGUUCUGGGUCAGAUCAGACUAAAGGCUACCACCAUUUUCCAGUUCUCGGCCAUGACGAGGGUCUUAUCUAUGGAUUUCGUUGGGAGAAAGGGAGUAUUGUGAAGAUUGUAUAGAUAUGAAAAGCUCACCUUUGAAGAUGGAUGUUUGGGUCUAUGUAUUUCUUCCUCACAUGUUGCAAUUUCCUUUUCAAUACUUAUACGGGGACUACGG